GCUGUAGGUCAGCACUCAGCUUUAUCCUCCUCAGCGAAGAUGUGUCACUCUCGAAGCUCGCUCCCCACCAUGACCGGCCUGCGGGCCCCGUCCCCUGCCCCCUCCACCAGUCAGGGACUCCGGCGGGGCUCCGGCCCGGAGAUCUUCACCUUCGAUCCUCUCCCAGAGCGUGCGGUAGCCUCCGCCACGCGUCUCGGCGCUUCUCGCGGGCACCGAAAGCGCAGCCGCAGGGUCCUCUAUCCUCGAGUGGUCCGGCGUCAGUUGCCAGCCGAGGAACCGAACCUUGCCAAAAGGCUUCUCUUUAUACUUCUAGCCAUCAUCUUCUGCCAGAUCUUGAUGGCUGAAGAGGGUGUGUCGACACCCCUGACUCAGGAGGACGUCCCCAGCCCUGCGUCCCCUGUGCCUAUCCCUGCCCCUCCAGUCCUUGAGCCCCUGAAUCUGACUUCGGAGCCCUCGGACUACUAUCUGGACCUCAGCACCUUUCUCCAGCAACACCCAGCUGCCUUCUAACCUGAAAAACCCAAGAAACACCAGGCGUAUCUGGUGCGUGAGAGCGUAUCCCAAACUGGGACUCCCAAGGCAACUAGAACUCAGAACACUAACAACCAAGACCAGGCCGACCGGUGCUUGGGGCGAGGCCGAGGCAGACACGUCGGGGUUAGGCCCAGUAGGAAGGAGAGCGGCGUUAACUUAUUUGACACUACGCCUAAUUAAUAUUUAUAUGUAUUUAUGCAUGUCCUCCUCGGUGAUGGAGGGCUGUAAUAUUUAUUUUAACUUAUGCAAGGGUGCGAGAUAUGCCCCCUGCUGUAAAUGCAGAUCUUUUUGGUAUUUAUUGAGCCUUGUGAGAUUGGUGGAGGCAGGGCGCCUAGAACUGAGGCAGAGUUGGGAGAGAGGGGAGGGGUCGGGUGGGAUGACGCCGAACUGGGAAUUAAGCAUGGUGGUGGGUCGUAGGUUUAGUGGGUGAUACUCCCGUUCUCCAGCAUCUCAACCCUACAGGUCUACUGUGUGAGACUUCAGCAGACCAUUGGGAACAAGGUCCACGGCCUUCAAUCUCGAAGUUUCCCCUUAGGGGCAGCGGCGGGGUUGGGCGUCAGAGGGCUGUUAGGAGGCGGCAGUCGGAGGUCGCCCAGUAUGUUCUGUGAACACAAAUAAACUUGGUUUACUGACAACAGUC